CUCAAGUGCAACUUUCUCUAACCGGAACAUAUCUCAUUUAUUUGGGGUCAUUACUCUUCAUUCAUAAAAUUUCCGGUACAAACUGGUACGGGAAAUAUAAAUACGUUUCACGUUGAUUGGUCGGUACAAAAAACGUUUUUAGUGACCCAAAGGGGGGCUCAAAAUUUGGAAGUAAAAGUAACAGCAUUAUAGCCAAAAAAUCGUGUCAGAACCUGUUCAGUUGACGAGAAGGCGGCAAAGCGACGAGUCCUUUCCUUUCUUUCUCCGGCUUACUCGGCGCCCAAACUUGGAUUUUCUCGCGUCAUUAAUUACGAAAAAAUUAAAUAAUAGUUAAAAAUUUUGAAGUUUUUUUCGAAAAAAAUAACAAGUAUCUAUUAUAACUAGCAAAAGUUGCUGUUUGGAGGGAUUUUUUUGUGUGUGACAGAAGAUAAGGUGACAAGACGAGACUUGUUUAUUUGUGUGUGACUUAAUUAAAUUAAAUUUGGGAAUUUUUUUACGUUUCUAAUUUCUAACGGUCGUUUCUUCCUGUGCGGAUUCCGUUUAAAAGUUGUGAAGAGUAGGGAAGUAAGGAAGCUCAAAUUAACUAUGGCGAAAGUUCACGUCUCGAACGUCGUUGUGCUCAAUAAUCCGUGUCCGUUUUAUACCCCGUUUCAAUUCGAAAUUACGUUUGAAUGUAUUGAAGAGCUGAAAGAAGAUUUGGAAUGGAAAAUAAUUUACGUUGGCUCGGCAGAAAGUGAAGCGUACGAUCAAGUCUUGGAUACGGUGUUUGUAGGUCCUGUACCAGAGGGGAGACACAUGUUUGUAUUUCAGGCUGACCCACCAGACACAGGCAAAAUCCCAGUCGCUGACGCUGUCGGCGUUACCGUCGUACUUUUAACGUGUUCGUACCGAGGAAAAGAAUUUGUUCGAGUUGGAUUUUACGUCAAUAAUGAAUACAAUGAACCAGAACUGAGGGAGGUUCCUCCUAGCUCUCCGAUUUAUGAUAAGCUCGUCCGCAACAUCUUGGCAACUCAACCUCGAGUAACUCGGUUCAAAAUUGAAUGGGACGAUAAGCCCGGAUCAGCUUUGACCAAUGGGGCAGGACCAUCUUCCGAAUUGGCUCAACAUGACAAUGACAAUUCUAUCGAUCAAGGAAACGACAGCAACAGCGCUCCACCUCUCAUAGGAAGCUCAGCAAAUAAUGGGGAUUCCUUUGGACGCGACCGGCUGAGCGCGGAUAGCACGAGCAGCUUGAUGGAACCACCCCCAACCAAUUUCUUAGGAGCUAACAACAACGAUUCUCUGAGCAGUCCAAUGGAAGUCAUUUAAUUCUCUACGAAUAAUCGUCUCAAUUAAUAAUUACUGAAAGCAGGAUAUAACAUUAAUUAAUAUCUACUACAGCAAUUGUUUCAUAUGUAUUACAUUACUUUAGAGUACGUUACUCAUCCAGACAGCCAGCUACAUAUUUAAGCCGUAGUAUUUACUGUAUUAUUAUAUAUUUACCAAUAUUUAUGUAUGAUCCCUCAACGUAUCUCAACAAUACGGAUAACACGACGUUUUUUUCUCUUUCGUUUUUCACAUUUUCAACUGUUCGUGUCACAAGAGGAAAGCCAAAUAGAGAUUUAUCUGCAGAUCUACAUUCAACUUGUAAUUUAUCAAAUGCAGUGAUAAAUAAAUGAAAAUCAAUAAAACCACGUUUUCAUCCGUGACUUUACCUUUGUAA